AUGACUCAGGUCCCCGGCGCUGUUAUGCACCUCAUUGAGCCGACCACCCUGCCUAACAGUCUCUUUGUCUACAUUACAUCUUUUCAUAUUGGAGAGAAACCAUAUAAAUGUGAUAUAUGUGGCAAGACCUUUAAUCAGACUGCUAAACUUGGACUUCAUCGGAGAAUUCACACUGUAGAGAAGCCAUACAAACGCGAUGUGUGUGGCAAGGCAUCUAGUCGUGCUAUAAACCUUACUGUUCAUCGGAGACUUCAUACUGGAGAGAAACCACCUAAAUGUGAUGUGUGUGGCAAGGCGUUUAGUCAUACUGAAAACCUUGGUGUUCAUCAGAGAGUUCAUACUGGAGAGAAACCAUAUAAAUGA